CUGGCCCCUUCGCAGAAGACAAGUCCCAUCAUCCCGCAAGAAUCUCAGUUUGUUCAUGUACAAAUGAAGGCCUACUAUACUUGCAGAUCCAGACUGCGGUCCAUAGGACCCAUCUCCUGCGCUCCAACAGGUCAAGUUCACUGCGCCGCGCUCCACGCCUGGCUGCAAAUUGCUGAGACCUCCAACUGGGCGGGCGCCUAGGCGAGACGCAUGCGCACUCUUCUCUCCUAGUCUCCUCCCUGCCUCCCUUCGUUAGUCCUUCGCGUUUCGAGUACUGCGGCCUUUUUGUCCCCUACUGCGUGCCGUGUCAGUUUCCGUGCGGAAGUGGUGCUUGUGAGAGAAGAAGAUGGCGACUACUGUGGUGGCGCUGCCUGGUGCGGGGGCCAGUCGGGCCAACAAGCGCAGUGGCAGCGGGCCAGGAGGGAGCAGCGGCGGUGGGGGAGCCAAAGGGGCGGAGGAGGAACCGCCGCCGCCCCUACAAGCAGUGCUGGUGGCGGAUAGCUUCAACCGCCGCUUCUUUCCCAUCUCCAAGGACCAGCCUCGGGCCCUCUUGCCUCUGGCCAACGUGGCACUAAUUGACUACACGCUGGAAUUUCUGACUGCCACAGGUGUACAGGAAACCUUUGUCUUUUGCUGCUGGAAGGCUGCUCAAAUCAAGGAACAUUUACUGAAAUCUAAGUGGUGCCGCCCUACAUCCCUCAACGUGGUUCGAAUCAUUACAUCAGAAUUAUAUCGAUCACUGGGGGAUGUUCUCCGUGAUGUUGAUGCCAAGGCCUUGGUGCGCUCUGACUUCCUGCUGGUGUAUGGGGACAUCAUCUCAAACAUCAAUAUUACCAGAGCCCUAGAGGAACACAGAUUGAGGCGAAAGCUAGAAAAAAAUGUAUCUGUGAUGACAAUGAUCUUCAAGGAGUCAUCCCCCAGCCACCCAACUCGUUGCCAUGAGGACAACGUGGUAGUGGCUGCGGAUAGUGCCACAAACCAGGUUCUCCAUUUCCAGAAGACCCAAGGCCUCCGACGUUUUUCUUUUCCCCUGAGCUUGUUCCAGGGCAGUGGAGAUGGAGUAGAGAUUCGCUAUGAUUUACUGGAUUGUCAUAUCAGCAUCUGCUCUCCUCAGGUGGCUCAACUCUUUACAGACAACUUUGACUACCAAACUCGGGACGACUUUGUGCGAGGCCUGUUAGUGAAUGAGGAGAUCCUAGGGAACCAGAUCCACAUGCACGUGACAACUCGGGAGUAUGGUGCCCGGGUCUCCAACCUACACAUGUAUGCAGCUGUCUGCGCUGAUGUCAUCCGCCGAUGGGUCUAUCCUCUCACUCCAGAGGCAAACUUCACUGACAGCACAACCCAGAACUGCACUCAUUCCCGGCACAACAUCUACCGAGGGCCUGAGGUCAGCCUGGGCCAUGGCAGCAUCCUGGAGGAAAAUGUGCUCCUGGGCUCUGGCACUGUCAUUGGCAGCAAUUGCUCCAUCACCAAUAGUGUCAUUGGUCCUGGCUGUCACAUUGGUGAUAACGUGGUACUGGACCAGGCCUACCUGUGGCAGGGUGUUCGAGUAGCUGCUGGAGCACAGAUCCGUCAGUCUCUGCUUUGCGACAAUGCUGAGGUCAAAGAACAUGUUACACUGGAGCCACACUGUGUCCUCACUUCCCAGGUGGUAGUGGGCCCAGACAUCACACUGCCUGAGGGCUCGGUGAUCUCUUUGCACCCUCCAGAUGCAGAGGAAGAUGAGGACGAUAGCCAGUUCAGUGAUGAUUCUGGGGCUGACCAAGAAAAGGAGAAAGUGAAGCUGAAAGGUUACAAUCCAGCAGAAGUCGGAGUUGCAGGCCAGGGCUACCUCUGGAAAGCUGCAGACAUGAACAUGGAGGAAGAGGAGGAACUACGGCAUAGUCUGUGGGGACUCACAAUCAACAUGGAAGAAGAGAGUGAAACUGAAAGUGAGCGAAGUAUGGAUUCUGAGGAGCUCGACAGCCGGACAGGCUCCCCACAGAUGGAUGACAUCAAAGUGUUCCAGAAUGAAGUCCUGGGAACACUGCAGCGGGGCAAGGAGGAGAACAUUUCUUGUGACAAUCUAGUCCUAGAGAUCAACUCUCUCAAGUAUGCCUACAACAUAAGCCUAAAGGAGGUGAUGCAGGUGCUGAGCCACGUGGUCCUAGAGUUCCCUCUGCAACAGAUGGAUUCCCGGCUCGACUCAAACCGCUACUGUGCCCUGCUGCUUCCUCUGCUCAAGGCCUGGAGCCCUGUAUUCAGGAACUACAUAAAGCGUGCAGCUGAUCAUUUGGAAGCAUUGGCAGCCAUUGAGGACUUCUUCCUGGAGCAUGAAGCUCUCGGUACUUCCAUGGCCAAGGUACUGUUGGCUUUCUACCAGCUGGAGAUCCUGGCUGAGGAAACAAUCCUGAGCUGGUACAGCCAAAAGGAUACAACUGACAAGGGCCGGCAGUUGCGUAAGAACCAACAGCUGCAGAGGUUCAUCCAGUGGCUAAAGGAGGCAGAAGAGGAGUCAUCUGAAGAUGACUGAAGUCACACUGCCUCCUCCUGUGGCUGUGGUUGAUUGCUGUCCUGGCUUCUGGGCCAGAGCAAGUGAGAGGCUAGUUGCAGAUAAGUGACCACCAUCCUGGCUGAGACUUACAGGAGCAGAGGCUGGAACUACAGUAUUCUUCCCACCGCCAACAACCAUGUGCCUCGCAUCCUGACUGAGGCGUUGGGAUGAGGGAAGCUGGGUUGGAACAAAGCUCUGCCUAAUGACAAGCGAGGCAGGCCCUGCAGUUAGAGGAAGGCCAGCAGCACAGCUUUGUGCUCUGGCUUUCCCUCGGGGAACAGCAGAGAGCAGCUGGCCUUCUCUGCUGCUUGUAUUUGUUAAUAUUAAAAAAGAGAGAGGGGGUGUGUUUGGUUUCUCUCCAACUCUGAAUGAGCAGCCGUUGAAGUAGGUGACUGAAGAGUUCUAAACCUCUGACAUGACAGCCGUUUUUUAACACCUGGGAGAGAGGGAGAAGAGGAGUGUUGUGGCCACUAGGUGGCACUGUGGUGCCUCACUAAUUGACCAUUGCCAUGGCUCUUGGGUAGUGGAGGGUCUAGAUUCUUUUCCAGUCUCUGUGGACCAAUUUGUGGUCCUGGAGUGGUGUGCCUGAGCCUGUUUCCAUAGAGCAUUCUAGUCCGAACACUCUUCCGCCAGAGAGUGAUGAUGCCAAGCAUAUGUAAAGUCUGAUAACCACCUGCCAGUCCCUCACGCUUUGUCCCCUUGACCUAGUACUCCUGUGGGAAACUGGGCUACUCUUCAUCUUAAAGAUAAGGAAAUUUGCUCAAGGUCUCAUGAUCUUGAGGGGUAAAGCUAAGGAUCUGAGCCUCAUAAUCCAGAAUUCUUUCAGCUUCCCUAUAGUCAGUGUCUCAGUGAAGGGAAAUUGCCCGCAAAGGCAAAUAUAACCCCAAGCCAGCAAUGGAUAUCCUAAGAACAGAGGAAGAUCCUGCAAAAUGGGCUUUUCCCUAAUAUUGAGGGAGUGUGUACUGUAUGUCAGGCAUUUUGCUAAAAACUUUUCCUAUGUUAUUUUAGUUAACCUUUACAUCCUUUGAAGUAGGUUUUAUCCCCAUUUUCAGAUGAGGAGCCUAAAGUUCAGAGAGGUCCCAUAACUGGUAAUUGAUAGAGCCAGGAUUUGUUAUUGGACUGUAGAACAGGAGUUUAUCACUGCUGUAUUGUCUCCUUUAACCUCAACCAUAUGACCUUCUAGCCCAUCUUUUUGAGCUCUUUGUUGCCUUCUUAUAACCCUUACUCUGUUGACACUUAAACUGUGGCAAAUGUUCCUGGUAACAAAUGGCCCUCCUGGACAUUACACACAAAAUGGUUGGCUGCCUUCAUUUCAAUUGGGUAGAAAGGAAUAAGCUGAGGAAGAGGACACUGAACUGUACUCAGAGGUGUGAAGGGGCAUUACUGCAUAUUUCUAAAGAGAAAAUAAGGCUGUCCAGGAUUUGGCCUUAUUUACUUUUCUCAGUAAAUCUCAGUUUCUGCUUUGUCAGAUAUAGGAUCUAGUGCCUACCGAGCACAUGAAGGUUAUGGCAUGAACCUAAUAGAGGCACUUACAUACAAAUAACUAUAGGGCACCUCUGAUUUGCACCAAAUGGGUAGCAGAGAUCAGAGUGGCCCAUAGAACUUUUUUUUAGGAGGAAGAGAUUCCUUUCACUUGUGAUUAGGGAAGAUUUACAGGGCUGUGAUGCUUGAGUGGCCUAAGAGAGAGAAAGCGGUAGAAGGGAGCAGUAAAAGCAAAGGCUUGCCAUUUAAAUGUGGCAAAUUAAAAAUGCGCUUUUUGCUCCCUCCAAAACCCCGUUCGUAUGCCACUAAAGGAUUCUUUUAAAAGGCGCAUGACUCUGAUAAGGAAAACUAGAUGAUGACAAUGAAUGAGAGACAUCAACAUUCUGGAAAAUGAAAAAUGGAAAAGUUGACAGUAGAGCAGAAUGGGAUGGAUUCUAUCUACUGAGGUGGCUAUUACAAGAAGCAAACCAACAUGCCCUUCUGAACCCAGAAAAGGCUCAGCAGAAGAGGGUAAAGGCAGGGUCUGAGAAUGGGGCAUGGAGUGGAGGGGAAUCAGACAAAGACCUGUAUAAGAAAAAGCUCCCCCUCUCCCCCCAACUUAUGAUCCAGCAGAGUGACUACCCUUACUUCCCUGCAAGAAAUGAGAGAGUUAGCCUAUGGAGAAACGGUGGGGAGGAAAUUUUCAAAGAAAUACAAGUUUCCUAGACCCAAAGAUCAUGAGUUUCCAGACUGACAGAGCCAUGAGUGCCCAGCAUAAUGAAUAAAAUAGCCCCAUGAAACUUCAGAGCCACAGGGAAAACAUAAAUUCUAUUAGAGCCUCUAGAUUCAACAACAGACUUGAGGGUGGGGGUGAGGAGCUAAGUUGAAAAUGAAGGAUUAAGUGGAAGUUUAUGAGUGUUAGGGCUCUAAAUAUCAGCACAUACUGAUUUAUAUCCCCAGGCAAAAACAAACAACUACAGAAAAAAAAAAGGCCUACAAAUACAUUUUCUGUUUACUCAAAAAAAGCCAUCUUUCCCCCACUUGAUCACCCUACAGUAAACCUGUGAGAUAAGCCUUGUACAUGAAGAGCUUCCAGUCAGCUUUCUAGUAUUUCUUAAAUGUGAAUAGACUGCUAAGGGCCAUCAAACAUUUGAGGAAACUUCCAGUGUGGAAGGCAGAGACCAAAACAAAAUUGAAACCAAGGAAAAUGACAAAGCAAGGAGUUUUUUUUAAAACUUCAGGGGACCUGAGGGGAAGCUAUUCUCAAAAUUCAGAGGAAAGAUACUGUGUCUAUGAAGGAAGUGCUAUAAAAAAGAAUUGGAGAACAAAGAAAUUCUUAGAAAUGAAUUGUUUCCUUCUGCUGAGAACUGGAGAACCAGAGAAUCAAACAGGAAGGAGACUAUCCAUCCUUACGCACUUCUUGAAUUUUCAAUUGUGAAUAUUUUACCUAUCCACUCAGGAAAGGUUGAAAAUGUUAAGAAAACCUUGCAGAAAGCUGAAAUCAUUUUUAAAGGAAUGGAUGAUAAAGGAGAAAAUAAAAUUAAGGAUCAAUCCUGAAGGUCCAACAUCUAACAGUUGAAGAAACAAUGGGGGGAAUGCUAGAAAUGUUAUUAAAUCACGAAAAUAUUGUUGAAUUUCUAGAUGGAAAGGGUGCCUAGCACAGUGAAUAGGAACCAAGGCAUGUCACCACAAAGUUUCAGGACCUACGGAUAAAGAGAACUUCCUAAAGUCUUCAGAGAAUUAAAUCAUGUGCAAAAGCUUAGGGAAAUAAAGAGACCAACUGGCCACUUAAUGGCAACACUGAAAGCUAGAAGACAGUGGAGAGAUGCCUUCAAAAUUCUGAAGCUAAAUUACUUUUAACUCCCAAUCAUUUUCAGAUUUGCAAGUUCUCAAAAUUUUUAUUUCCCUUCCAAUGGAAGCUACCAAGGAAUGUGCUUUCCUACAGCAAAGGAGUAAAGUAUCUAGGAAAUUAUCCAACAUGGAGAAGUAAAGGGAAUUUUGAGUAUGAUGCAGAGAAGUCCAGGAUGGCUGCUGUGCGCAAGCCAAGAUAGUCAGCAGUGCAGACCAGAGCAACAGAAUUGAAGGCUCCAAGGAAGAGAAUGGAUUAUCUAAUACACAGACACGUCAUUUUAUUGAGCUUCGCUUUAUUGUGUUUAAAGAUAAUUCUCGGUUUUUGUUUUUACAAAUUGAAGGUUUGUGGCACCCUGUGUCAAGCAAAUCUAUUGGUGCCAUUUUUCCAACAGGAUUAGAUGAUGGUUAGCAUUUUUUAGCAAUAAAGUAUUUUUUGAUUAA